GACGGAGUCAGUUUACGUAUUAUCUGAAAUUCAGAGUGACGAUCACAGGAUUAAACUAAGAAAUUGAGGGACAGUAAUGGCCACUAGUAUUGGAAAUAAAGUCCGACGGAGGGGGCGAAAUGAUGAAGACCUAGAAGGCCUUAUGAUUGAGGACGCACGUGAAUCGGACACGUCCUACGAUGACGCUAAAUUAUCUGAUGCUCGUGACAUCAAACCUAGACGUUCAUUGGAAAGUUUCCACUGGGACCUAUGGCUCCUAAUGACUCUACAGAACUGGAUCUUUGACUUCGGUAGACCCAUUGCCGCUUUGAUGAUUCCCGAAGAACUCUUCCCAAUGCAUCUGCCCAGCGUUGGGGACUACUUUCAUAUGAUGUAUAAUUUAAUUACUCCAUUUUGUAUCCUGAAGCUCUUUGAGAGAAGUCAUACCAAAACAUCAUCAACUUUCAGAAAUAUCUGUGUAAUUAUUUUUGUUAUGGGAGCCAGUAUACAUCUUGUGGGAGAUUCGGUUAACCACAGACUUGUCAAACUAGGAUAUAAGCUUCAUCUCUCAGUCCGAGACAAUCCCAUGAUGCAAUCUCUACAACCACGUGGUCUCGUUGAAUCAUUUGUUCUUUUGUACAAUUACGACGAAAUUAUAGGCCAUUUGAUGUGGUACAUUCCCUUUUUUCUUUGUCUUUUUCUCUAUUAUAUUGGAUGUUUUCUGAACUAUCAGCCACAUGAGCGUGUUCGCACUACAUUUUCGUGGUGGAUUCUAACCAUUGUGAGUGGUAUUUACUACUGGUAUUUGGUGACAGAGGGACAGAUAUUUACUGUGUAUUUUAUAACAUUCGUCUUCAUGCUGGGAUAUAUGGUCUACAAGAAAAGUACAGGAAACUCCCAGCUUGAUAUUAACGGACUAUUCCUUUUGUACUCUUUUGCCCUCACCUUAGUAUUAGUACUUCUGUGGGUGAUGUAUUUAUGGAACGAUGAAGCACUUCGUACUAAAUAUCCGGGACUUCUCUACAUACCGGAACCCUGGUCUUACUACACACUGUAUCUUAGACAGAAUUAAACAUCGCUCAAUUCACGACUUAGCUGCUGAUCUGUAGCUCCCUGGUCUGAAAAUUUUUGGAUUAAUUUCUCCAAAUUCUUACCCCAACUGUACAAAACUCGAUUUCAAAAUAUUUCCUUGACCCCUUUCAACUAUACUCUUGUAUUUCAUAUCUGCAUGAAGCGCGAUGGACCGAAUUAUCUUGCAAUAUGGCAGUGUACCUAGGCAAAAGUUUCAAUGGACUCCAUUUCAGGCCCAUAAAGGCUAUUUACAACGGGUAUAAGGAAUGUUUUGUUGUGGAAAUAGUACAAGAAUAUGUUAGGAACACACGGUUAGUAAUGUUUUGAGGUGACAGUAUGAAAAACACUGAGAAAUAAAUCGAGAAACAGCGCACUUUUUUGUGCACAAUAAAUAGAUACAGUUUUCUCAAUGUGUGGCUCUGUAGCUCUCCAGUCUGUCAAUAUAUUUUUUUCGGAGAGCAUCAGAUCUGCAGCUAUGCACGACUCACAAGAAAGUGUAUGGAAUAUUUUCUGUUUUCUGACCAUGGAGCAUUUUUAACAAGAUUAUUACAUAAAGGUAGCAGUUAUAAAUAUAUUGUUAAGCUACUCAAAGUAACUUAAUUGCUUAUUUUUGUUUAUGAGGUCAAUAUGUCGAUUCGAGGGUACUACAUCAUUGCAUUGACAUAAAAAUAUAUUGUGUAUAAUUCAAGGAAUAAAUGAAACAAACUUCUGACAAAAGCAUUGCAUGAUUAGUUGCAUGGUUACAUUUUUGAAGUUCUAGCU